GGGAGAAGGGGAGCGGAGAGAGAGAGAGAGAGAAGGGGGCUGCAGCUUCACAUUGCCUUUCAUCUCUCUAAAUUCUCUGAAUGUUGUUAUCAGAUGUUAAACCUUGAAAUUUUACAGUGUUUGCCUUCCAUUUCACAUUGUUCAUUUGAGCACAUUCUACUUCGUAGGCACUGAACGAUUGCAAAAAUGAGACAAAGGGUUUCUUUCAGUCUAACCCUUCCACUUACUCUACUUUUGCUUCUCUGUGUAUAUGAGUCCUGUGGCGGUUCAGUUAGGAAUACGGAAGCAAUAGCUCCUGAUAUCUCAUCCAGUGUAAACCCUCAGCCUUUUCUUCCUUUACUAGCCCCUUCACCAUUGACGGCAUUCACAAAUUACAGCAUCCCGAAAUUAUCAGGACUUUGUACAUUAAAUUUUUCAGCAGCUGGAAAUAUGAUGAGCGUAACGGCAACUGACUGCUGGGCUUCCUUUGCACCCUUGUUGGCGGAUGUGGUUUGUUGUCCUCAAUUUGAUGCCACCUUAGCGACUCUUAUAGGGCAAUCCAGUAAAUACUCUAGGAUGCUCGCUUUGAAUGUGACCCAUGCAAAGCACUGCCUCUCAGAUGUUCAGAAGAUCCUAGAGGGUCAAGGAGCAAACGAUAAUAUUCAAAAGAUAUGCUCAAUUGAACCAGAAACCCUCACUGCAGCUUCUUGUCCUGUUAUAGAGGUUGAUACAUUUGAGAGCACUGUGGAUUCUUCAAAACUACUUUGCGCUUGCAGAAAAAUUGAUCUUGUCAAUGAGUGUUGUGACCAAGUUUGCCAGAAUGCCAUAUUAGAUGCUGCUAGAACAAUUGCGGCGAUUGGUAUGCCAAAUUCGAAAGGGGUCAAUCUAUUGCCUGCACACUCAACUAGGAUUGAUGAUUGUAAGAAUAUUGUCCUGCGAUGGCUGGCCAGUAACCUUGAUCCUUCUUCUGCGAAUAAGGUUCUUAGAGGACUUUCAAAUUGCAAAGUAAAUAAAGUUUGUCCUCUGGUUUUCCCCAACAUGACAAAUGUUGUGAAAGAAUGUGCCAAUGGGAUAAGUAAUCAGACAGCAUGCUGCAAAGCAAUGGAUAGUUAUGUUUCUCAGUUGCAACAACAGAGUUUUAUUACAAACUUGCAGGCCUUGAAUUGUGCAGCAUCACUUGGAGUGAAGUUGCAGAAAGCUAAUGUAUCCGACGAUGUUUAUAAUCUUUGUCAUAUAAAUCUCAAAGACUUCUCUCUUCAAGUUGGAUCACAAGAGUAUGGCUGCCUUCUGCCAAGCUUGCCUUCAGAUGCAACUUAUGAUAUAACUUCGGGAAUCAGCUUCAUUUGUGAUCUUAAUGACAACAUUGCGGCUCCGUGGCCCUCUUCCUCUUCUGAACAUCCAUCAUCUUGCAAGAAAACUACCAAACUUCCAGCAGUACCCAAAGCAACAUCUGCACAAAGUGAGGUUGAUACGUUUGAGAGCACUGUGAUUCUUCAAAACUACUUGGCGCUUGCAGAAAAGUUGAUCCAGUCAAUGAGUGUUGUGACCAAGUUUGCCAGAAUGCCAUAUUAGACGCUGCUUGAACAAUUGCCACAAUUGGUGUGCCGAAUUCGGAAGCCGUCAAUCUAUUGCCUGAACACUCAACUAGGAUUGAUAAUUGUAAAAAUAUUGUCCUGCGAUGGCUGGCCAGCAAGCUCGAUCCUUCUUCUGCGAAUAAGGUUCUUAGAGGAAUUUCAAAUUGCGAAGUAAAUAAAGGUCAGCAAAAAAUAGGAAAAGGAAAGAAAAAUAGUCUCUUGUACGUCGUUGAGUAUUCAAUAGAAUAUGACAACCACUAUGAAAUGCUUACUUACAUCCAGUAGACAUGUCAUUCCAUAGUUAGCUUAAGGACCAAUUUAUCCGGAAAUAUCAACACCAUGUUGACUUACAGAUCUUCAAUGUUGUUUUCUCAUAUAUAUGGUUCAGGUCAUUGUGUCCUGUGGUUUUCCCCGACA